UGGUGUUCUCUCCGACAGACCUCCACAUGGCCUCUCCCUCUGCGCACACAAAAACAGUUUCGGAGGGGGGCUGGUCUGUGGGCGGGGAGCGUGAGCAUGUCCCUUUCAGAGGAAGUGAGCACAGACUAGUGGAAUGUAGUUGCCUUUAGUGGAAGAAGAGCGCAAAAGGUGGCUAAGGGCUAGCUUGCUAUGACCAGCUAGACAUAGAGCGAUAGACACAUAGAUAGAGAAGAGAGGGAUGAAAACAUGCCUCACUUCACCGUGGUACCCGUGAAGGAUCGAGGCCAGUCCUCCGGCUAUGACAGUCUUGAAGGGAUCAACUGGGUGGACCACGGUGACGGUGGACAGCUGGAUCAUCAAGACACUGUCAGUUCUGAUGGACAAGCCAAUCACAAAGAAGACAGCCCCUUCCUCAACAGUGGUGAUUUGGCCAACAACAAAAAUGAUUUCUACGACAGGAACUUGGCCUUGUUUGAGGAAGAGUUGGACAUUCGACCGAAGGUGUCCUCUCUGCUCAGCCGCUUGGUCAGAUACACAAACAUCACCCAGGGAUCCAAGGAGCACGAGGAGGAGGAGAGUGCGGCGGCUUCGCGGAGGAAGACACCCAAGUCUCCUAACAUGGGCACUAUUAUGGGUGUCUACUUGCCGUGCCUCCAGAACAUUUUCGGAGUGAUUCUCUUCCUGCGGCUGACGUGGAUCGUUGGGGUGGCGGGCAUCAUGCAGUCCCUGCUGAUUGUCCUCAUGUGCUGCUCAUGUACGAUGCUCACGGCCAUAUCUAUGAGUGCCAUUGCGACUAAUGGUGUUGUUCCAGCCGGAGGGGCCUACUUCAUGAUCUCACGCUCCUUAGGCCCAGAAUUUGGAGGCGCUGUGGGCCUGUGCUUCUACCUUGGCACCACCUUUGCUUCCGCCAUGUACAUCCUUGGUGCCGUUGAAAUAUUAUUGAAAUAUCUCGUCCCCCAGGCGGCCAUCUUUCAUGCCACAGACCACCAUGGGACUGACAGCGCGGUGCUGAACAACAUGCGGGUCUACGGCACCGUCUUCCUCAGCCUCAUGGCCGUGGUGGUUUUUGUGGGCGUCAAGUACGUCAACAAGCUGGCCUCGCUCUUCCUCGCAUGCGUGGUUAUUUCCAUUGUCUCCAUCUACGCCGGCGCCAUCAAGUCCGCGACUCACCCACCAGAGUUCCCGAUCUGCAUGCUUGGCAACAGGACUUUGGUCAGGGACCGGUUUGAUGUUUGUGCCAAAACCGUCACCACGGGCAACACCACAGGUCCCAGUCAGCUGUGGGACAUGUUCUGUCAGCCAGGGAACAUGAGCAACGCACAGUGUGAUGACUACUUCCUGCAGAACAACGUGACCGAGAUCCAGGGCAUUCCUGGACUGGCGAGUGGAAUAUUUCGAGACAACAUGUGGGGCGACUACAUGCAGAAAGGUGAUAUCCUGGAGAAGGAGGGCCUGGCGUCUGUAGACCCCCACAGCACCACGGAGAACUUUGGCAUGUACGUGUCAGCAGACAUCGCCACGUCCUUCAUGCUUCUGGUGGGCAUCUUCUUCCCGUCCGCCACAGGCAUCAUGGCAGGUUCCAACAGGUCCGGAGAUCUCCGAGACGCCCAAAAGUCCAUCCCCAUCGGGACUAUUGUAGCUAUUACUACCACUACAAUCGUCUAUAUAACUUCUGUUAUCCUGUUCGGGGCCUGUAUUGAAGGGGUAGUCCUAAGAGACAAGUUCGGGGAUGCAGUGAGGAACACCUUGGUGGUGGGCACUCUCUCUUGGCCGUCCCCUUGGGUCAUUGUGAUCGGUUCUUUCUUCUCCACGGUGGGUGCAGGCCUGCAGUCGCUCACAGGAGCGCCCAGAUUACUCCAGGCCAUCGCCAAGGACAACAUCAUCCCUUUCCUCAGAGUGUUUGGUCAUGAGAAGGCUAACGGCGAGCCGACAUGGGCGUUGUUACUGACUGGACUUAUUGCUGAGCUUGGUAUCCUAAUUGCCUCGUUGGAUAUGGUGGCUCCUAUCCUUUCCAUGUUCUUCCUGAUGUGCUAUCUCUUUGUGAACCUGGCCUGUGCUGUGCAAACGCUGUUGCGCACGCCCAACUGGAGACCCAGGUUUAGAUAUUACCACUGGGCUCUGUCCUUUCUGGGUAUGAGUAUGUGCUUGGCCCUGAUGUUCAUCUCGUCCUGGUAUUAUGCCAUUGUGGCCAUGGGCAUUGCUGGGAUGAUCUACAAGUACAUUGAGUACCAGGGAGCCGAAAAGGAAUGGGGAGAUGGAAUAAGAGGAUUGUCGCUUAGUGCUGCACGUUACGCCCUUUUAAGGCUAGAAGUGGGACCCCCGCACACUAAGAACUGGAGACCUCAGCUGUUGGUGCUGUCCAAGCUCGAUGAAGACCUUCAUGUCAAAUAUCCGCGACUCUUGACCUUUGCGUCGCAGCUGAAGGCGGGAAAGGGGCUGACCAUCGUGGGAUCUGUCAUUCAAGGGAACUUUCUGGAAAGCUAUGGAGAAUUGCAGGCGGCAGAACAGACCGUCAAGAACAUGAUGGAUAUCGAGAGGGUCAAGGGUUUCUGCCAAGUCGUGGUGGCGUCCAAGGUGCGGGAGGGCAUCGUUCACCUGAUCCAGUCCUGUGGUCUUGGGGGCAUGAAGCACAACACAGUGGUGAUGGGCUGGCCGUACGGCUGGAGGCAAAGCGAGGACCCCCGAGCAUGGAAGACCUUCAUCAACACGGUUCGUUGCACCACCGCGGCCCACCUGGCACUAAUGGUCCCUAAAAACGUGUUGUUUUACCCGAGCAACCACGAGCGCUUCAGCGACGGCAACAUCGACGUGUGGUGGAUCGUCCAUGAUGGGGGGAUGCUCAUGCUGCUGCCCUUCCUGCUCAAGCAACACAAAGUGUGGAGAAAGUGCAACAUGCGUAUUUUCACCGUAGCCCAGAUGGACGAUAACAGCAUCCAGAUGAAGAAGGACUUAGCCACGUUCCUCUACCAGCUGAGAAUUGAGGCCGAAGUGGAAGUGGUGGAGAUGCAUGACAGUGACAUCUCGGCGUACACGUACGAGCGCACGCUCAUGAUGGAGCAGAGGUCUCAGAUGCUGAGGCAGAUGAGGCUGUCAAGUGCAGAGAGGCAGCGAGAGGCCCAGCUGGUGAAGGACAGACACUCGCUGGUGCGAAUGGGAAGUCUGUACUCGGACGAGGAGGAGGAUACGUUGGAGUCUCCUCUGCCCGAGAAGGUCCAUAUGACGUGGACCAAAGAGAAGUGCGAGGCCGAGAGGCGUAACCGAAACAAUGCGCCCGAAAACUUCAGAGAACUCACAAGCCUCAAACCGGACCAGUCCAACGUGCGGCGGAUGCACACGGCCGUCAAACUGAACGAGGUGAUAGUAAACCGGUCCCACGACGCCCGCCUGGUGCUUCUUAACAUGCCGGGGCCGCCUCGCGACACAGGGGGAGACGAGAACUAUAUGGAGUUUCUGGAGGUUUUGACGGAAGGUUUGGAGCGAGUGCUGCUAGUCCGAGGAGGAGGUCGGGAGGUCAUCACCAUCUACUCAUGACCAAACGUUACUACACAUUCCACCUGCUCUAAUAUCCAAAUGUUUCAAAGCAUUUAAAGUAUUUUUAGAUAAAAAAUGUUAUAUACUUGACUUAAGUGUUAGUCAGAUACAGGAUUAAUAAUUAGAGGAAGACCAGGAGGAAUUGUUUUGGUAAAAUUGUAACGCGGAUAUGGGACUAUAUUAUUUAUUUAUUUAUUAUUCGUCACUUUUCACAUUUGCCCUUUAGCCUUACAUUACGUAAGUUUAAUAAAUGUGCAUGCAAGACAUUAGAGUUUAUUUGUUUUUUUAAGUAUUUGCACAUAUUUUUUCUGUUAAUAUGAGCAAAAAAAGUGUAGGGAACCACUGUCUCGCUCUGUUAUUGAAAGAAAAUAGUGUUUUUUACUCAGGAGGGAAUACCGACAACAAACUAGAAGGGGAUUCUACUCAACAGCUAGUUUUGAUUUCGUUUUUAAGUACAUUUUAAAUUUUUGUACAUACAUAUUUUUGAAUUUCCAAAGCAGUUUUUUUUUAGCUUGUAACAGUGUCAUUUUAAAUCAACCAUUGUGUAGCUUAUUUAAAUGUUUUGAAUAAGUUUGGGUAGUUCAAAAAUAGAAAAUUUUAAAAUAAAUAAAUAAAGCUGUAUUUUUUUAUUUUUUAGAAUAAUGUAGCUUUAGUUUUAUUUUAUUUUUUCAAUAUUUGUGAUGUGUGAAAUGAUGACUUGAGUCCUUU